UCAAAUAAGGGGUAGGUGGAUGAAGACUCUUUCAAAUAAGGAAUUAAUUUUUUAAUAAUAUUUAUUUUAGGAUAAAAUUAGGGUGGGUGAGCUGAUAGGAAUGCCCACCAAACUGAGCUGAACUCAAGGCCUAUAAGACGAAGACGAAGACCAAGAAGAAGAAGAAGAAGAAGAAGAAGACAAAGCACAGUUUCUCUUGCGAUGUCGGACUUUUUUCCAGACGAAAUCGUGGUUGAAAUCCUCCAGAGACUACCCACCAAAUCCCUAAUCCAAUUCAGGUCAACUCAUGACCAAAGCACUCAAGCACGAAUAGAGACACUUAUUACUGAUACUAAGGCUGUAUGGUGAAAUUGAUCUCCAGUUUGAAGAAUUGAACAGAGAGAUAGAGGUAGCAUAUGAAAGUUGAAACCAUAGCAAGAAACAGCAUGCUGAGGUCUACCCCAAACUCCAGACUAUUUUUUCUCAAAUUCAUCACAGAGAUGUUUCAAGCAAUAACUCCUUAUGUUACAAGCAAAUAUAUGCAUCUACGGAGAUCCAGGAACUUAGUGAUCUGUAUUGUAAAGAGCAACUUUAGCAAAAAGGGGAUAUCUCCACACCAUACAUCAUAUCAAAAAGAGAUCCUACUUUCAUCUCCUGACUUGGAACUUCACGUACGUGGUAAAAUCUGUCCAACAUUUGCUCAUCCCCUUCCUCAAACCCUUCCUAUGAGGUAAAACAAAAUUGGUUAAUUUCAAACAUUCAAUGGAUUCAAAGCAUGACCUAAUGGAUGAUAUAACAUAUGACUUGUCUUUACCAAAUGGAACUACCUCCGAGAUUCUGAUCCUUUCGAGGCAUACCAGAUGAAAAAGUCUCUAUUGUUUUGAAUUAUGUUUAGUGGAAAUAUCAAUUUUAGGAGCAAAACGAUUUUGGAAUUUGAAAUUUUUUCUUUCAGCAUCUUGUAAUGUCACAUGCAACUUGUAUUCGAAGUUAUUGUUAUCAGUACGUUUUUGUUGAACAUCAUCAUAUUUUCAUUGAAGAGGUCUUCUAGUCAUGCUUCU